AUGCGCGGAACAGCGGCUUUCGUGGCCAAGGCCUGGCAUGGCCCUGGACCUUUGUUCUCCUCGCUACAGCCGCCACGCAUAACGACGACUUCGCCCAUAUCGGUGCUGUCGAGAGCAUUGAAUACGAAGCCGACGCCCGCACACAUCGCCACUCCACAAGCACGAUGCGCGAGCAGAUGUGCGUCAUCACUAUUCCCCUCUUCGGCCGCCUUGCGAUUCGCGCCAGUAGGCGCCACGCGUCGCAAUGUCUUCCAGCAGCCUAUGCGCAUGCUUACAGCCUCGAGGACCCUGGCCGAAGCUCAGGUCAAGACGCCAACAAGACAGCGCAAGUCGUACAAGAAGGAGAUGGAGGAGAAAGGCGCAGUAGACCUGGAAGAGAACGACGGAGAGCCUGAGGAGUCCCAGGGUUUCGUCAAGUCGGAGAAAGCAACGGCAGCGCGACAAGUCAACCUAAGCGCAAAGCUGAGCAAAGAGGGUAGCUCAAAGGCAAGCGGCGGUAUGGGGGAGAUAUGGCGGUUGAUCAAGAUCGCCAGGCCAGAGAUGGGCACCCUCUCAUGGGCGUUUGUCUUCCUCCUGUUCUCUUCCGCCAUCUCCAUGUCAAUUCCCUUCUCUAUUGGACGAAUCCUGGACGCUGCUACCCAAGCCGAGAAGACUGAUGGUCUGCUCUUCGGUAUGGACAUGACGACAUUCUACAUUGCGCUGGCCUCAGUGCUGUGCGCAGGUGCGGCGGCAAACUUUGGCCGUAUCGUCAUUCUGCGAAUCGUCGGUGAACGCAUCGUCGCUCGCCUGCGAUCCCAGCUGUACCGCAAGACCUUUGUCCAGAACGCCGAAUUCUUUGACGCCAACCGUGUUGGUGAUCUCAUCUCCCGCCUCGGCUCGGACACGAUCAUCGUCGGAAAGAGCAUUACGCAAAACUUGUCUGACGGCCUUCGCUCGCUUGUAAGCGGUGCUGCCGGUUUUGUCAUGAUGGGCUACGUGAGUCUCAAGCUUACCGGUAUUCUAGCUUUGAUUGGUCCUCCCGUUGCUGUAGUUGCCUUCCUCUCCGGUCGAUCUCUGCGAACUCUGAGUCGUAAGAUUCAAAAGAACCUUGGUACCCUUACCAAGAUCGCUGAAGAGCGCCUUGGCAAUGUCAGGACCAGUCAGGCUUUCGUCGGAGAAGUCCAAGAAGCUGCACGCUACAACCGCCAAAUCAAGAGAAUAUUCCAGCUCGGAAAGAAGGAAGCUGUGGUGGCUGCAGGUUUCUACGGUAGUACUGGACUCAUGGGUAACCUGACGAUCAUUGCUAUCUUGUACGUUGGAGCCGGCAUGGUCAAGAGCGGAGUCAUCUCUAUCGGUGAACUCUCGUCCUUCCUCAUGUAUACUGCAUACGCUGGGUCUAGCAUGGUUGGUCUGUCGGGCUUCUAUGGCGAGAUGAUGAAGGGUGUAGGUGCCGCCAGUCGUCUCUUCGAGCUCCAGGAUCGCCAGCCUACAAUCUCGCCAACCAAAGGCGAGGCUGUCAGGUCUGCGCGCGGGCCGAUCGAGUUCAAGAACGUAUCAUUUGCCUACCCAACGAGACCAGCAGUCGGCAUCUUCAAGGACAUCAGCUUCAAGAUUGACCAGGGCACCAACGUCGCAAUUGUUGCGCCAAGUGGAGCUGGGAAGUCAACCGUUGCAAGCCUGCUGCUCCGCUUCUACGUACCCACAGCUGGGACCAUCACCAUUGAUGGCCGCGACAUCACUGCACUGAACGCCAAACAAUUGAGGCGGAAGAUUGGUUUCGUUGGGCAAGAGCCAGUACUGUUCUCAGGUACCAUUGCAGAGAACAUUGCGUACGGCGCGCCUCAGGCGACCCGCGCUGAGAUCGUGGCAGCAGCCCGAAAGGCCAACUGCCAAUUUAUCAGCGAUUUUCCUGACGGCCUUGAAACACACGUUGGUGCACGCGGCACACAACUUUCUGGUGGUCAGAAGCAGCGUAUCGCCAUUGCACGUGCGCUGAUCAAAAAGCCCGAUAUUCUCAUUCUUGACGAAGCUACGAGUGCCUUGGACGCUGAGUCGGAAACGCUUGUCAACCAAGCUCUUGGAAAGCUGCUGGCUGAAAACAACACUACAAUCAGCAUUGCGCAUCGUUUAUCGACCAUCAAGCGCUCCGACCGCAUCAUCUGCAUCAACGCCGAUGGUCAGGUUGCCGAAGAGGGAUCCUACAAGGAGCUUUCUUCCAACCCUGAGGGUGCAUUCAGCAAACUCAUGGAGUGGCAGAUGAGUGGAGGUGAGGGCGACACUCAAAGUGUCAAGAACCCCAGGCCUACUGAAGAAGGCGAGAUUGAGAGGGAGCUGGAGAACGAGACCGAAGAGGAGGCUAGCCAGAACAGGGUCUAG